GUCUGAGCAAAAAUUCGAGAAAGUCAGUCCGUGCGAUUCCGUGGCUCAGUGACAAUAUGUCCCCAAAGAGAGCAAGUCUGAUUGUUGGUUUUGUCUCGGUGACCCUUGUAGUCUAUGUGUACCUCUUUAUAACAUGGCAACUGCAGUACGUGGAGCUGACGCGGAAGAAACGUCAGGAUUUCUACAAUCUCAUGUCCUGGCAAUCGAGGAAUCUCACCGACUUCAUUCAACCCGAUCACAGGACAUGCCUCAUUUGCCCCAAAGUCCCAGAUGUCUGUCGUGAUGGUAGAGAAGCAAAUACAACCAUCUUCUUUGUCACAACAUCCCCAACAAAUCGUGAGAAGCGCGAUGUGAUCCGUUCAACAUGGGCGCAAAAGGCUAAUCCAAAGCCCUUCUUUGUUACUGGACACAUCCCAGAUUCCAAGACAAUGAAUCUCUUGGAGGAGGAGGCAAGAUUGUACAAUGAUAUUGUUGUUGAGGACUUUGUGGACACGUAUGUUAAUUUAACCCUCAAGACUGGGUUUAUGUUCAAGAACUUCCUCAGUAUUUGUCCAAAGGCGAAGUAUAUGAUGAAAUGUGAUGAUGAUGUAAUGGUUAAUCCAAAUGUCGUUGAAGCUCUGGUGGCAAAGGUGGCGGGGCCAAAUAAGCCACUUAUCGGGAGGUUAUUUGUCAGCCCAGAACCAUUCCGUGAUAUCCACUCAAAGUACUACAUACCGUAUUGGUUGUAUGAUAAGCCCCUAUUUCCGCCAUAUCUCUCAGGGCCGGGCUAUUUGGUACCCGGAGAGAGCGUGCAAAAAAUUCUUGAGGAGAGCUUCAAGGAGCCACUAAUAAAUCUGGAGGAUGUCUUCUUCACGGGUAUAAUCGCCAUGGAGAAACUCAAUAUGACGUUGCAGAAUAGUAAGAGAUUCUUCACAUACUACUCCAUGCAAAUGGGAAAGUGUGCCGUACAGAAAGCUGCCCUUCUUCAUCAUUUAGAAGACAAGGAAAUGUUGGAUCUCUGGAAUGAAAUAUGGAAUGGAAAAUUGAAUUGCAGCAGCAAACAUCAAGGAUUCCGAUCUGUUCUCAGCGGCAUUGGUAUUCCGCCAUUUUUCCUUCGUAAGAACUCUCUUGAUUUGGAGUGAGAAUACAAGAUGGCGCGUGCGCACAAUUUGACGAUAACUUCACACCGACGCCAGUGUGGUUGGAAAGAAAAUUAAAGAUGGUGUAAAAUUCUCAUCAAAGAUGGUGGAAAAGGUGAAGACUCACUUAGUCUAUGGUGUGCUUGGUUGGAAAGUACAUUGAGGAAACUCUCUUACAAAACCAAGACUCUUAUAUCAUCUUAAAGUCACUAAAUUUAGUAGUUAAUUAUUAAAUAAUAAAUAAGUUGAAAGAUAGAGCCUCUGUGAGAACUUUGACAAUCAGAGGAAAGUCUUUAAAUUUGAAAAAUUUUGAGCUAUACUCAAUAAAAGUCAGUGGAGGUUUAUAGUUAAUUAAACUAGUUUAGUUUAGGUAUUAAAUGGAGAUAUAGAGAAAGACUUGAGCCGAAGAUUUAGUUCCACAAUAAACAUAGAAAAAAAUGACUUUUAGAAUUUAAUUUUAAGACAAAAUAAAGUAGGGAAAUCCAGGGCUAAAUUAGUUAAUAUAAAAUUAUUUCUUCUUAAAAAUUGUCAGGAAUUUUUUUGAUCAUGAUAUUUUUUGUUACAUCUUAAUCUUGUACCAGGAAAUAUGUUCUUUUCCUUUCAAAGUCUUUAAAAAUGAUUGUAUUUUUGAUAUAGAUUUCAAAAAUUUCAUGGAAUUAAUUUAAUCAAUAAACAGAGUUAUAA